GUGAAUGUGAGCCUUCAACAUCUAAAAGUUUCACUGGUCUUUGUCCUCGGAGUCGCUCGUUGAUCCUCUCACAUCCCGAGGUCCCAAGCCCCCACUCCACUGGUGCCACUGCCCACACUGCCCACACUGCCCACACUGCCCACACUGCAACCCAUCAGUGCAUCACCCAUCACCCAUCCCACCGUGUCUCCAAUCCACCCCCUUUCCCUUCUGGGCCAAUCUGAUCCACCUGCCAAAGACCUGAAACACAGCCUCGUCGUUUCUGUGGAUCGUGGAGAGAGAAAAUCAUCCAUCGCUCAUCCAAGCACCAAGCAAAGUCUUAGCAAGCCAACGCCGGUGCCAGACUCACAAACUCCUCACCAAACACCGCCAGAGCGCCAAAAAGGCAAAAACAAGCUGCCAUCCUCCGCCAUCCCUAAACUCCACCACCACCCACACGCACACUCACAGUGGCCUCGCACAUAAACAAGCAGAGCCCAAGAAAUCAUUCCAGACCACGCACCCCCGGCCAGCAACCAACGUCAGCUCCUUCUAACUUCUCCCUCCAAACUGUCAAUUGUGCUUGUCUCACACACUACGUCGCCACACCGGUAUACCGCCCGGUCCGUCGCUACAUCUACCGCGGUCCUCGCCCUCGCCCUCGCCCUCGCCCUCUUCCUCAACCUCCUUCAGCCUUCAGGGCCUCUGGUCAUCCACCGCGAUCGAACCCACCGACGACCUCACUUCCGAUCGCCUCAACUAGCUUCUAACUUCACCUUCACCUCCCAUGCAUCGCUAAUACCUCUCUACACCAUGGCCAUGUUAGCUUCUAAAACGCCCUUUCCGGCACCUCUGCUCUCCAGCUCCAACCUUUCGUCUUCCUCACAAUCCACCAUUCCUAGUCGACGAGCACCCGCUGUGCCGAAUACAAAUCAAUCUUUCGCCAGCCCAACAGAAUCUGAGUUCUCCGACAUGGACGGUCCAGAAUCAGCAAAGAAUUGGGAUGAGGAGAAGGUGUGCGACUGGUUGAAAAGCAUCAACUGUGGCGACUACGAGCAAUUAUUCCGAAAGAACAACAUCACGGGCGACAACCUGUUGGAGAUGGACAAGGCGGUGCUUCAGGAGAUGGGUAUCGAGAAGAUUGGAGACCGCGUCCGUCUCUUCCUCGGCAUCAAGAAAUUGAGAACGAAGGCAUACGCGAACCAGAAGAAGAGAAAUAGGGUAAGUGAUGAAAGUACGCGUGCCUCCAGACCGAACUUAACAUGUGAAUAGGAUUCCUUUGCUGGACUCGAAACCUAUACUCCAUCAUCUUCUGGUUCCCCUCGGCCUCCUGUAUCUGCACGAACUGCGCCAACUCCUACCAUGAACAAAAGAUGGUCCACAUAUGACGGCUUCAACCCUUCUCAGACACCUACCAUUCAGGAGAAUGUCAAGUCCCCACCAUCCCGUCCAAAUUCGCCAAUGACAGCAACCGAAGUUCGCGCUGUUCGCCAGCAGAGAAACCCCGUCAUGAGUCCAGCCGAAAUGGCAAGAAAGCAAAGCUAUUUCAACAAUUCUAGCGGGUCUUCAAGUGCAACCACCAUCAGUGGUCGACAUCCCAGUACUUCGGGAGAUAGUCCACAGACGGCGCGGAUAAUUAGUGCACACACACGAGGCACUGCCGCCAAUGGAUCGAUCGAUGCAAGCUCGGUUAUGGCACAACUCCCUCAGGGACAAGGCCUGAUCCGGGUCAUCUCACAGGGUGGAGUAACCAAGGUUUUCAGAGUUGCAGACUGCAAUUCAUGUGAUGAGUUUAUGAGGCUAACCUUGAGAAAAUUUGGCGCUCGAGAGGACCAUGAUAGAAACUAUUGUUUCUGGGUGCUCAAUGGACUAAAACCAGAUCCAAAGCAAUGUCGCAGGUUAUCAGAAACGGAGUUGUGGAGGAUUAUCAAGGAUUACACACGGGGGGAACGCAAUCGCCUUAUCCUGAGAAAAAUCCAUCAGGGGGAACCUGGUGAGGCCGAGCUUCAACGUGCAUCUACCAUCGCUAUUGAGGAGGUCAACGUCAACCACGCCAACAACAAGAAGAGCAAAGUUGAAAAGGUAUUGGGUGAAUCAUACGGCGAGGGCCUGCAGCAUGCUCAACAUCCUCUGUCGCCAGCUUCAUUCCAGUCAACCGGCUCAGCUGUAUCGGCGGGCGAACGGCAACAACAUUUUGAUAAUGCAGCGAUGGACCUUGAAAGAGGUGCGGUCGACCAUGCAAGACUGCGGGAACCAACGAGAAGGCAACUUAUACCUGGAGCUGCUGGUGGUAGUAGCAAGAAGGGUGGCGUACUUCGUCAAUUCUUUGGGCAAAGACCUCCCAGUGAGCUCAUCACUUCAGACUUGACAACCUAUUUCCCAGAUCACCCGCGAGAAGAAAUCGACCGUACGGCUCGUCUAUCUCUUCGAAGAUCUACCCGCCUUAGCAAAGUCAACAGUCGCCUAAGCGUUGCUAGCAAUCUAAGCUUCGCUUCAAGUAUUGGAGAUGCCCCACCAAUGCCCACGAUUGCCGACACGUGGUUGAGUGGAAACGGCAGUCACCUUGCGAAAGUUCGACCACUGGAUCUCUCCCGAAAUAAUAAUCGAUACAGAGACUCCACGGCCUCGUCGUUACUAGAACCCCUACAAGAGGAGUCGCCGGUCGAGCCCAACCGCAAAUCUUAUGUCUCUUUUGAUAGUGGCAGUGGAUCCGAUACUACCAAUGUCAAUAUUACAGAUCCGGAAGGAAAUACCCAAAGCUAUUUUGAUGAAGUUAGUACAGACGCCAGCGGAUCACUACGAGAUCUUAGUCAGGCCUUAGAUGACGAUGGAGAGGAUGCUGAUGAAGAGCUGCAAAGUUUCCUAGCAGGAGAUUCUUGGGAUGAUAGUAAAUGGAUGAAGGGUGCGCUUAUUGGACAGGGGUCAUUUGGAAGCGUUUACCUGGCUCUUCACGCCGUUACUGGUGAACUUUUAGCUGUCAAGCAAGUGGAAGCCCCUUCACCUGGAGUUAACAGUGCCAACGACUCGAGAAAGAAGAGCAUGAUCGAUGCUCUCAAACGCGAAAUCAGUCUUCUUCGCGACCUCCAACACCCUAAUAUUGUACAGUACCUUGGUGCAAGUUCUUCUGCCGAGCAUCUUAACAUUUUCUUGGAAUAUGUGCCUGGUGGAUCGGUUCAGACGAUGCUGAACUCGUAUGGUGCUCUCCGAGAGCCACUCAUCCGCAGCUUUGUUCGUCAAAUCGUCACCGGACUUGCAUACCUACACGGCCGAGAUAUCAUUCAUCGAGAUAUCAAGGGCGCCAAUAUUCUAGUCGACAACAAGGGUGGAAUCAAGAUCUCCGAUUUCGGUAUUUCCAAGAAGAUGGAGGCAUCGAAUAUCCUCACCGGAGCUGCCAACAACAAGAACCGGCCAUCAUUACAAGGUUCGGUGUUCUGGAUGGCUCCUGAAGUCGUCAAGCAAACAUCAUAUACCCGCAAGGCAGAUAUUUGGUCCCUGGGCUGUCUGGUUGUUGAGAUGAUGACAGGAACACAUCCCUUCCCAGAUUGUUCCCAGCUGCAGGCAAUCUUCAAAAUUGGUGGUGCAAAAAUCAGCCCAACCAUUCCUGAUGAUGCCAGCGAAGAAGCUGUGACUUUCUUGAAGCAGACCUUUGAGGUUGAGCAUGUUAAGAGACCCAGCGCCGAGGAGCUGCUGUUUAGUCCUUUCCUCAACCCUAUAACAUAAACACAAACGACACAUUUUUUUUUCUUUUUUGUGGAUAUAUACCAAUCGGUCGACGAUAUUUUUCUUUUUCUUUCUGUAUCUUUCUCUAGAGCUUGGCUUGCGUUGCAGAGAGUGGUAGGGUGGUGGUCAUUGCAUGGCAUUAUAUUGUCUUCUUUUUUUUUCUGGAUGGUUUUCAUAUCUUUUGGAACCUCUUUUUUUUAUAUCUUCCUCUUUUUGUACAAAAGAUUUCUCUUCUUCUGAUGUUUACACGAUGACUGGCAAAAUUCAAAAUCUCCUUUUUCUUUUGUAGAUGGGAUGGUGGGGAAAGGACUGGCUGGUGCCAGAUGUUGGGGUGGAAUGUCGGGG